AUGUUUAGAAGGAUUAGAGAACGAUUUAGACGUCGGACGCCGACAAAACCUAAGGAGGAUCCUAAAGAGGAGGCCAUGAAGGAGGAGUUGGAGAAAGUAGCAAGAGAGAUGGAGGAAUCUAAGGUGAUGCAGAAAAAGCUAGUGGAAGAGAGACACCUGUUGGUGAAGAAGGUGGCAGAGCUGAAUGCCAUUGUAGCUUCUGAGCAAAAGCAACGGGAGCAGGACAUGGAGGAGAGGGACGCCAGACACCAGCAGAACAUCAGCGAGCUCCAGGCUUCCCUGAAACUCGGUGAGGAACGGGAGAAGACUGCAGAGCAGGAGAGAGAGAACUUGACAAAAGACAGAGAGCAACUGGAGAAACGUGUCGCACAGCUGGAGGCCACUUUGGCUUCUGAGCAAAAAAAACAGGAAGAAGAAAGAGAGAAGGUCAAGAAGGACAUGGAGGAGAGGAACGCCAGACACCAGCAGAACAUCAGCGAGCUCCAGGCUUCCCUGAAACUCAGUGAGAAAUGGGAGAAGACUGCAGAGAUGGAGAUAGAGAGCUUGAUAAGAGAACAAGAGCAUCUGGUGAACCACGUUGCACAGCUGGAGGCCGCUUUAUCUUCUGAGCGAAAAAAACAGGAAGAAGAAAGAGAGAAGGCCAAGGAGAGGAACACUGCACAUCUCCAGAACAUCACCGAGCUCCAGGCUUCCCUGAAACUCAGUGAGGAGCGGGAGAAGACUGCAGAGCUGGAGAGAGACAGCUUCAUGAAAGACCGAGAGCGACUGGAGAAACGUGUUGCUGAGCUGGAGGCCACUUUGGCUUCUGAGCAAAAAACAUCGGAGCAGGAAAGAAAGAAGGCCAAGCUAGAAAUAGACAAGAGGAACCCUGCACAACUCCUGGCUUCCCAGAAACUCUGUGAGGAACAGGAGAAGACUGCAGAGCUGAAGAGAGAGCGCUUGAUGAGAAACGUAGAGCGACUUGAUAAAACCUUUGCACAGCUGGAGGCCACUUUGGCUUUUGAGCGACAAACACGGGAGCAGGGAAGACAGAAGGCCAAGCAGGACAUGGAGGAGAGGAACACUGCUUACCUCCAGAACAUCACAGAGCUCCAGGCUUCCCUGAAACUCUGUGAGGAACGGGAGAAGGCUGCAGAGCUGGAGAGAGAGAACUUGAUGAGACACCAAGUGCAUCUGGAGAACCAUGUUGCACAGCUGGAGGGAACCUUGAUUUUUGAGCAACAAAAAUGGGAGCAGGAAAGAGAGAAGGCCAAAUUAUACAUGGAGGAGAGGAACACUGCAUACCUGCAGAACAUCACCAAGCUCCAGGCUUCCCUGAAUCUCUGUGAGGAACGUGAGAAGACUGCAGAGCUAGAGAGAGGGAGCUGGAUGAGAAAACGAGAGCAUCUGGAGAAAAACGUUGCAGAGCUGGAGGCCACUUUGGCUUUUGAGCGACAAAAACGAGACCAGGAAAGAGAGAAGGCCAAGCUCUACAUGGAGGAGAGGAAAACUGCAUACCUCCAGAACAUCACCGAGCUCCAGGCUUCCCUGAAACUCUGUGAGGAACGGGAGAAGACUGCAGAGCUGGAGAGAGAGAGAUUGCUGAGACACCGAGAGCAUCUGGAGAAACAUGUUGCACAGCUGGAGGCCAAUUUGGCUUCUGAACGAAAAAAAUGGAAGCAGGAAAGAAAGAAGGCCAAACUGGACAUAGAGGACAGGAACAGUACACAUCUCCAGAACAUCACCGAGCUCCAGGCUUCCCUGAAACUCUGUGAGGAAUGGGAGAAGACUGCAGAGCAGGAGAGAGAGAGCUGGAGGAGAAACCGAGAGCGAAUGGAGAAACAUCUUGCUCAGCUGGAGAGCAGUUUGGCUUCUGAGCGAGAGGACCAUGAGCAGGAAAAAAACAAGCUCAAGCUGGACAAUGAAAAGAUGAACACCACUCUCCUGGAGAAAAUCACCAAGCUCAAGGUUUUCCUGGAACUUGGUGAAGAAAAACAGGAGAAGGCAGAGCUGAAGAGCAAAACGGAGCAAUUGGAGAGACUGAGAGCAAUUGAAAAAAUGUGCAGAGCGAGAGCACCGGAACCAGGAACAAUAGAAGUCCAAGCACGAUGCCUGCAAGAAGAACAGCAGGCAGUGCUUGGACAAACGCCUGGAGAACGAAACUUCUCCAAGCUCAAGGGUUCCCUGAAAAUCUGUGAGGAACAACAGAAGAUUGCAGAGCAGGGGAGAAAAAAGAGGAUAGGAGCCUCAGAGCUACUGAAAAAAGCUGCACAGCUGAACAGAUUGACACUUCAGUGCAAGAGGAACAGGAGCAUGAAAAAGAGAAGAUCAAGCUGGACAUGGAGAAGAGGAAAGCAGCUCCAGAACAUCACCGAGCUCCAGGCUUCCCUGAAAAAAUGUGAGGGACGACAGGAGAUGGCACAGCUGGGGGCCGGUUUGGAUUCAGAGCAAGAGCGCCAGAACCAGGAACAACAGAAGAACAAGCAGGAUGGCCUUGGGCAAACACCUGGAGAACGACUGCAGCACUCUAUAUCUAUAUUUAUAUGCACCAGCAUGCGCUUGGUGAAUGUCCAGUCUUACCGCAACGGAAAGGUUUCUCUGGCUGAACCAGGUUUUGCAGCAGAGUGGAUGUCUUCGGACCCAUCACACUUAAAACAGGGGCAAUACUCUAGACAUCUACACAACAGCGCUUCUAACCUCAAUCUCAACCUCAAACCGCCAUGCAGUAAGUCGCUCAGGCUGCAUGUUACUGCCAUGACCGCGGUGUGUGUGGUCAUCCGAGACAUUAAAGAAGACAACAUUCUCCUGAACACUCUGGAAGUGAAGCUGAUCGAUGUCGGCUCUUCUUUUCUCCAUAAAGGUGCACUAGGUAAGAUUUCUUAAAAUUAAUUAAGAUCAGGUAUCAGUUAAAUAGGUGGAGCUGAAGAAAAUUUGAAUGAUUUUUUUCUUACUCUUUGAACCUGUCCCGCCUUUUCCCCACCCAUGAACACAAAGCAGUGGUUCAGGCAGGGUUAGCAUGCUAACUAGAGUUAGCAUUAGCAUGGACUGUCAUAGCAUCACUU